AUGUCUGCGAGGGAGAUGAUGUCAUUUAUUCAUUUUUUCCCAAUUAUGGUUGGAGAUUUAAUUCCUGAUGACGAUGAAGUGUGGAAAUUCUUCUUAACCCUGUUAAAGCUCAUUGAUUUACUUCUCUCAUAUAAUUUUACUGACGGCAAAAUUAUGGACCUUAAACAAUUAAUAAGUCAACAUAACUCAAUGUAUAUUAGACUGUUUAAUGAUACUUUAAAACCCAAACACCACUUUUUAAUUCACUACCCAACUAUUAUUCAAUACUCUGGACCUCCAAGGUUUUAUUGGUGUUGUAAAUAUGAAGGAAAACAUAGAGAAUUAAAAAUGUACGCUCGGAUUACAACAUCCAGGAAAAAUAUUACUUUAACUUUAGCAAAGAAAUGCCAAUAUAAGUUUGCUCACAUUCUUUUACAAUCCAGCACUCAAGAAAUUAUAAUAAAAGAAAAGCACAAAAUACGUAGUUUAAAUUCAGAUAAUAUAUGCAAAAUUCUUUCUCUGUCAUCUGUUGAUUUUUGUUGUUACAACCAAAUAGAAUUUAUGGGAACAAUUUAUAAAAAAGGAUAA